CACCUACACACCUGCACACCUAGGCAAGCUAAAAGUUAUAAACAGCAAAUCAUUGACCGGUAAUAUCCAUCAGUUGCAUCACAGUCCCACUAUGCGCCGAGUCCUUAUGCAAACCUCAACAUUCCCAAGGUUGAGAGAGACUCCGCCGCUCUCUAGAAUCCCCAGCCAUCGCUCCGUCAGCUCACAAUCACACAAAGAGGGCAUUCACAGCCAGCAAGAUGAACACGUAACCAGCACUGCCGAAAAAGAAAAAGUAAAUGAGAAAAGGAAAACAGUGGCGGAGCUGGAUGCGGAGCUGCGGCUCAAGAUGUCGGGGCUCUCGGGCGAUGGUGGAGCGGCAGGCGUCGAGUACGAAGACGGGCAGCCGGUGGCGAUGAAGAGGAGCGUGAAGAAUAAUAUGUUCCGCUACAUUUAAUCAAUGAUAUCAUUCCAGGCAUCGUUUGUUGAAUCAGUUGUUCGGUGUGAAGUUGGUUGUACCUAUCUAUAUUGGUACCUAACAAUGAUGGCGAGAUUUGCAUAGUUACCUCAAGUUCAGCAUGUCGUGAGGCUAUGUAAUAGAUAUGGGGUUCACUCACAACUGUCAAGUACCU